GGGCACUUCAACUACUCAUCGCAGAAGGCGGGCGCAUCCACCGUCUCUCACCUGCGCUUUGGGCCCAAGCCCAUUCGCUCGGAAUAUGAGAUCGAGAGUAGCCCGGGAGCUGACUAUGUCGCAUGCCAUCACACGUCUUUCCUCAGCAAGUUUGACAUGCUCUCAAAGGCUCGCGAGGGCGCGGCCUUUGUGGUCAAUUGCCCCUGGAAGACGGUGGAGGAGUUGGAUCAAGAGUUCCCGGCAAAGCUCCGCCAAGCCAUCGCUGAGAAGAAGGUGGAGCUCUAUACCAUUGACGCCCACGCAGUGGCCAGCUCCGUAGGUUUGCCUGCCAAGCGUAUCAAUCAGGUCAUGCAGGAGCGGGCCGCGGAGCGGGCGACCUUCUUCAACCUCUCUGGCAUCCUGCCGCCGGAGGAUGCGAAGGAGCAGUUGGAAGGGGCGAUCGAUCGAAUGUACGGCAAGAAGUCGCCGGAGAUCGUCCGCUCCAACAAGGCCGCCUUGGCAGCGGCGCCGGACAAUCUCAACAGGAUCAACUACCCAUCCUCCUGGCUCACUGCAGAGGACAACGAGCACUCCUUGAGGAGGAUGAACCCUUCCGCUAGCCCCUACAGCCCACAGCUUGAUGAGUUCAGCUCCACCUUCCUAAAGAGCAUAGACUCACGAACUGCCGACGAGCUCGCAGUAAGUGCCUUCAGUCCAGGUGGUGAGACCCCCAUUGGCCAAUCCACGCAUCAGAAGAGAGCUUUGGCGGAUGAAGUCCCUGUUUGGCUUCCUGACAAGUGCACCCAGUGCAACCUUUGCAGUGUCGUUUGCCCACACGCAGUAGUGAGACCCUUCCUGUUGGACAAGAAGGAGAUGGAAGCAGCGCCCGAAGGCUUCGUGGCCCGGAAGGCCAAGGGCGGCGACCUCGCAGGCCUCAACUACACCAUCCAAUUGGCUCCCUUUGAUUGCACCGGCUGCGCUGUCUGUGUGGAGAUGUGCCCAGAUGAUGCGUUGAUCAUGGAAUCGGCUGCUCACUCACAGGAGAAGUUCAAUGAUCACUGGGAGUACUCCCUCAACACAGUCUCUGUGAAGGACAACUUGAUGGAGCGAGGAUCGGUGAAAGGAUCCCAGUUUCAGGAGCCUUUGAUCGAGUUCAGUGGCGCGUGCUCCGGGUGUGGCGAGACACCCUACGUGAAGCUUUUGACGCAGAUGUUCGGCGAUCGCAUGGUGAUUGCCAACAGCAGUGGCUGUUCCUCCGUUUGGGGUGGAUCCUAUGGCCUCAGCCCCUUCAAGAAGAACCGCCAUGGCCAAGGACCCGCCUGGGCUCGAAGCCUCUUCGAGGACACCGCGGAGUACGGUUUGGGCAUGGCUUUGGGAUCCCAGCAACGUCGUGAACGCCUGGUCGCGGACGUGAAGGAACUGCUGGAGGAGGCCGGACACUGGUGCGCCUCUGUCUCCACCGAGUUGCAAAACCUGAUGGAGAGGUGGAUAGAGGUGGCCGAGGAUGCGGAGAAAUGCACUGUCUUGCAAGGCCCGUUGAAGGCUGCGCUGGCCAAGGAGAAUGGGAAUCCCAAAGUGCCGAAGAGGCUUUGGUUUCAGCGUCAGAACAUCAACGUUCUUGUCCUGGACACGGAGGGCUACAGCAAUACUGGUGCUCAGAAUUCGAAAGCCACCCCCAAGGGUGCCACGAUGAAGAUGUCGGCGGGUGGCAACAGGGCAAAGAAGAAGGACUUGGGCGCCAUUGCCAUGAUGCAUGAAAAUGCUUAUGUGGCCUCGGUGUCCUUGUCCGCGGACGUGAAUCAGACUGUCAAGGCCUUCAAAGAAGCCGAGGCCUAUCCCGGACCUUCGAUCAUUAUCGCCUAUGCCACCUGCGUGGAUUGGGGCCAUCGCGCUGGUGAUAAGGCCAUGGUCCAGCAACAGGUGCAAGCCGUUGAGAGCGGCUACUGGCCGCUGUAUCGCUACAACCCCGACAAGGUCACUACUGAACACAACGGCUUCGAGUUGGACAACAAGCGGAUCAGCCCAGAUGCCAUGGAUGCGCUCAUGCGGAAUGAGAAUCGCUUCACUUCCUUGCAGCGGACGGCGCCUGAGUUCGCGAAGAUGCUGCAGAGCGCCAUGAAAGAUGAGUUCCACGCGAGACACGAGGCACGGAGACGCAAAGCCAUGGCUGAUGAGGAUCUCUUGGAAUAUUUGAAGAAGUGCAUGGGUGAACAGGUCACAGGCGAGCGGGUCACGGUGCUCUAUGGAACUGACACAGGAAAUGCCGAAAUGGUGGCCAAGAACUUUCAGUUCGAGUUCAAGCGACGAGGAAUGAAAGCCAAGUGUCUCUCCUUGAACGACAUGCCGAUCUCUGACUUGGCAGAGGAGUCCAAAGUGCUGGCCAUCGUGGCCACAGCUGGGCAGGGCGAAAUGCCCAAGUCCGCGGUGAAGUUUUGGCAGGACAUGGAGACCUUCCUUGAGACUGCUCCGGCGGACUAUCUUAAGGACACCAAGUUUGCAGUCUUUGGUCUUGGUGACUCCUCCUACGUCUUCUUCAAUGAGGCAGCCAAGCGGAUUGAUACAGCCUUUGAGAAGCUGGGCGGCCAGCGUGUGCAAUCCUUGGGCUUGGGUGAUGAUCAGCACCCCGCCCGGAGCACCCAGAGCGUUCGUUUGUUCAAUUGGAAGUGGAUGAUUUUCGAAAAAACGCACCCAGCAAGGCACACCAGUCACACCAGCAGGCUAGAUUCUUCUUGAGUUUGUUUGGCGCACGAAAAACUUUUAUGAGCAGACGAAGCUUCCGUACUUGUACUUAUAUAAUUGUACUUCAGGAAGGAGCUGCCUUGAGUAUAUCUG